AAAUUGAGGCACAAAUCAAAAAAAAAUGAACCAAACCAUGACCGUCCAGUUGAAAACUAGUUCCAAAUGAGCGCCGAUAGACGGUGCUGUUCUAAGACUAUGAAAUUUUAUACGUUUUUUGUUAUGUGACCCACGGAUGGCUUCCAAAAUGGAUAGUGGGUCGGCGACAACGACUGAGGCCUACCAAUACGUAGGGCCCUUCCGGCUGGAGAAAACCUUAGGGAAGGGGCAAACAGGUCUAGUCAAGCUCGGGGUACAUUGCGUGACGGGAAAGAAAGUGGCCAUCAAGAUUAUAAACAGAGAGAAACUCAGCGAAUCUGUGUUGACGAAGGUCGAAAGGGAAAUAGCCAUAAUGAAAUUAAUUGAGCAUCCCCACGUGCUCGGACUGUCCGACGUUUAUGAAAAUAAGAAAUAUUUGUAUCUAGUUUUAGAGCACGUAAGCGGAGGCGAGCUGUUCGACUACUUAGUGAAGAAGGGCCGACUCACGCCAAAAGAGGCUCGGAGAUUUUUCAGACAAAUUAUAUCGGCACUAGAUUUCUGUCAUAGUCACUCGAUUUGCCACAGGGACUUAAAGCCGGAGAACUUGCUCCUAGACGAACGGAACAACAUCAAGAUUGCAGAUUUCGGGAUGGCCUCCCUCCAGCCGGCCGGGUCGCUGCUGGAAACUUCUUGCGGGAGUCCGCACUACGCUUGUCCCGAGGUCAUACGGGGUGAGAAAUACGAUGGUCGGAGGGCGGACGUGUGGUCGUGCGGUGUCAUCUUGUAUGCACUUCUCGUCGGUGCGCUGCCUUUUGACGAUGAUAAUUUACGUCAAUUACUUGAAAAGGUGAAACGAGGAGUGUUUCACGUGCCGCACUUUGUACCACCUGACUGCCAACAACUACUGCGUGGAAUGAUAGAAGUGAAUCCAGAGAAGAGAAUGACUUUGGCAGAGAUAACGAGACAUCCAUGGGUAACUGCUGGCGGACGAGGAGAACUCGAACAAGAGUUGCCGAUGAUGGAAGUUGUCCAAACCAGAGUACUGCCUUCAGCUGAUGCUGUCGAUCCUGAUGUUUUACAGGCAAUGUGCAGCUUAGGUUGUUUCAAGCAAAGGGAGAAGCUGGUGCAAGAACUUUUAAGUCCGCAUCACAACACGGAGAAGGUUAUAUACUUUUUGCUGCUGGAGCGGAAGCGCAGGCGUCCGGCGCGCGAGGACGAGGCCCGGCCUCCGCCCCCCGCCGCGCCACCCGCCCCCGCCGCCGCCCCUGACCCCCCGCGGAAACGACUCGACACCUGUCGGGUGAACGGACAGUCUGUUCAUUUCGGGCAGAUUAGUGAGGGAUCGCCCAUCACUCCGAGAAGGUCUCAGUUGAGGUCAUCAUCGAGUCGACGUAAUGAAGGACGAAGUUCACCGCAGCUGUCUGCCAGCCCACCAGCUGGCCACACACCACAUCGCGUGUCGUCGUUGGGAGGAACGCCGGCAACACCGGGUUCGCCAUUAGCGUCGCCUUCGGUCCGGGAGCACCACCAUCAGAGAGCGAACUCUACUGGACCGACGAUCAGCCUCAAUAUCGGUGGCGAGCCCGGGGAGGCGGUGAUCAUUGUAAACGAGACCCCGUCUGGCCCGGCCGUCGCUGCCAGGCCGCACAGCCCCACGCAGUCACACAGAGGCGUCCCUAACGCUGCGGCAAGCGCAUCGGCCCCCUGGAGAGUGCGUUUGGCCACCAUCAAGAACUCGUUCCUGGGUUCGCCGAGAUUUCAUAGGCGGAAAAUGCAGACAUCAUCGGAGGAAGUUCAUCUGACGCCCGAAUCAUCACCGGAGCUGACGAAGAGGUCCUGGUUCGGGUCCCUCCUCCUGUCCGCUGACAAGGAGGAAACGUUCACGGCCCUCGUCAAAGGGAAACCUCUGGCCACCGUCAAAGCCGAUUUGAUACACGCCUUUUUGAGUAUAGCAGAAUUGUCGCACAGCGUUAUAAGUCCGAUGUCGUUCCGCGUCGAGUACAAGAGAGGGUCGAACGCGCCCGCCAUGUUCCAGAGGCACGUCAGGUUUCAGGUCGAUAUAUCGACUAUAACGAAGACAGCCGAGGAGAACGGGAAGGACAACUUGUUUGCGAUAACGUUCACCUUACUGUCGGGCAACAUCCGUCGGUUCCGUCGCGUGUGCGAGGUGGUGCAGGCGGCCGUGAGCCGGGCGUCCGGCGCCACGCGGCACGCCGUCCUGCACCCCCCCUCGCCCUGCGCGCACCGCCGACACGUGCACCCCGCAGCUUCCAACGAGAUCCCGGACAGUCCGGAGGCGCUGGGCGGGGAACCGGACAGCGACUCCUCAAUGUUCGACUCCAGGAGUCCGGCGCCCACGCCCACCAGCCACACCUCCAUAGACCAACUCGAUCAGAACGGGACACAUCUUCUAGGGUCCAGCUCUUCGGUGACCAGCGGCUCUAGCGGCUACAAACAGUGCGGAAGAAGACGACCGGCGGAACCGGCCUCAGCAUCUCUCGACCGCGAGAUCAUGAGUUGUGGUCGUGACAUACCCGGCACCCACACAAAACGUUCGUCGUCAGAAUGCCGGGAGGCCGCCUCCUCGCCGCGCCGGGGGCUCGAGGCCCGCGACGCGUCACUCAAGGACGCCCUCCGGAGGAACAACUCGCUGAGGGAUCGGCGUGACGUCACUCCGACCACGACCAUCGCGUGAGACUAGUCCCGCAAACGGCUCCAGCCCCGACACGAAAGGGUUUUGAACGAUACGAAAAUAUAAAAAAAAAAAAAACCAUAUUGUCGGUUUUUACUACGUGAAACGAAAAAUCAUUUGUUUUAUCGAAUUCAUAAUAAUAUGAAUGCAUAUUGACGUAAAAUACCUACAUCUUUUUUUUUUUUUAAUCAAAAUAUUAAUUUGUUACUAGAGAAAAAUAACACGAUCUAAUAAAUUCAUUCCAAUCAAUACGUAAAUUAGAAACAUUAGGUAUGUGUACUUUAUGACAUGUUUGAUUAUGAAGAAAAAAACAAUAGAAAAAAAUAUUAUUACGAACGGCAACUAAUUUUUUUAUUGUUUAUUUUUGUCCUAAUUAUAUUUGUUACAUUGUUAAUAUCGCUAAUAUACAUACAUAUCGAGGGGUGAACGGCGAUAUGGUUUAAGUGAUAUUUCGCUUAACACGCGCCAUUUAUCU